CACGGCGCAGGCGCGGCAGCCGGCCUCGUCCCUCUGCCCUACUUCCGCUGCCGACAGGAAGUUCCGGGAGCCGCUGUCAGAGCGAACGCGCGUCAUGGCCCGCAACGUUCUGUACCCCCUGUACCAGGCAGGAAACCCUCAGCUGCGCAUCUUCCGCACCAACUUCUUCAUCCAGCUGGUGAGGCCCGGCACAGCCCAACCAGAGGACACUGUGCAGUUCCGAAUUCCGAUGGAGAUGACCAGAAUCGACCUCAAGAAUUAUCUCCAGAGCAUCUACGGCGUGCCCGUGGCUGCUGUGAGAACACGCAUACAGCACGGUUCCAACAAGAAGAGGGACCACAGGAAUGUGCGCAUCAAGCAGCCAGAUUACAAGGUUGCCUAUGUCCAGCUGGCUCAUGGGCAGACCUUCCAGUUCCCAGAUCUGUUUCCCGAGAAGGAAUCAAGCCCCGAAGCUGGUUCCCUUGAUGCCAUCCAAAACCAGUUUGUGGAGGAUGAGAGACAGAGGCAGAAGGGCGACCCCCGGCGAGGGGGUGUCCCCGACUGGUUCGGCUUGUGAGGGGCGUGCCAGAGCACUGGAGGGCCCCGCACGGGCACUGUGAGGAACACUUUUACCGGGGCAGAAUUAAAGUUUUGCUUUGUGGAAAAGGAAAA